AUGAUCUGUGGUGUUAGAGACUAUAUCCUGCCAAACACAAAUAACUCUACCGUUCAAUGGAAUGCACAGAAUUGGGCAAAAUCCUGUGAUUUCAAUGGAAAUUACCUACAAUACAUCAGAAGUUCAGUAGAACUCUGCAGUGAAAAAUGCGCUGAAACCCAGCAAUGCACCCAUUAUACGUGGACAAAUUGGACUGGUGGUACUUGUUGGAUGAAAAUGGGUAAUGUCUCGAAAGCUGAUGCAUUCCCAACCGCUGAUGCAACCAUGAUUUGUGGUAUUGUCAAUGAAACCAAGCAGAGCGCAGAGAAUUACACCGUUCAAUGGAAUGGACAGAAUUGGGCCAUGUCCUGUGAUUUCAAUGGGAACGAUCUGUCUCAUGUGGAAAUUUCAGCAGAACUCUGCGGUAAAAAAUGCGCUGAAACCAAGCAAUGCACUCACUAUGCAUGGAUGAAUUGGACUGGAAGUAUUUGUUAUAUGAAAACGGGAGAUGUCUCGAAAAACGAUGCAUUCUUUAAUAAUGAUCCAGGCAUGAUUUGUGGCAUCGUAAAUGAAAACCAGCAAGGUAUAACGAAUUCCACCGUUCAAUGGAAUGGACAGAAUUGGGCCAUGUCUUGUGAUUUCCACGGGAACGAUCUGUCUCAUGUGGAAAUUUCAGCAGCACUUUGUGGUGGAAAAUGUGCUGAAACUCAACAAUGCACUCAUUAUACAUGGACAACGUUCAAUGGUGGUACUUGCUGGAUGAAAAUUGGAAAUGUUUCAAAAGCUGAUGCAUUCUCAACUAGUGAUACAACUAUGGUCUGUGGUUUAUUAACGAGUGUAAAACGUCGAAAUAUAAAGCUCUUUUGA